AUGAAGCACAUGAGUGAAAGUUUUCCAGAGGAUUUCAUUCUCAAGGGCUUUACCAAAUAUCCUUGGCUGGAUCUUCCUCUCUUCUUUGUCCUCCUCACCUCAUACAUGUUCACAUUAUUGGGAAACUUUGCUAUUAUUCUGGUAUCUCGACUGGAUUCUCAGCUCCAAGGUCCCAUGUAUUUCUUCCUUGCCAGCCUUUCCUUUUUGGAUCUCUGUUUUACCACCACAACUGUACCUCAAAUGCUGUUCAAUUUAGGGGGACCCAACAAGAACAUCACGUACAUAGGUUGCAUGGCCCAAGCCUACAUAUUUCAUUGGCUAGGAUGUACUGAAUGUGUCCUGCUUGGCAUCAUGGCCUUAGAUCGCUAUGUGGCUGUGUGUAAGCCUCUGAGGUACUCUAUAAUCAUGGGCCAUAAGGUCAGCCUGCAGCUGUCCAGCACUGCUUGGCUCACUGGUCUAGCAAAUUCACUGCUUCAGUCCACACUCACAGUCCAGCUGCCCCUGUGUGGGAACCAGAUACUAGACCACUUUUUUUGUGAGUUACCGGGUCUUAUUAAGAUGGCUUGUGUGGAUACCACAGUCAAUGAGAUUACUUUAGCAAUAGUAGCCACACUCCUGAUAAUGGGUCCCCUCUCCAUGAUUCUUGUCUCUUAUAGUUACAUAGCCCGAACUGUAUUUCGAAUUCCUUCUGCUGCUGGGAGACGUAAGGCCUUCAACACUUGUUCUUCACAUUUACUGGUGGUGUCUUUAUUUUAUGGGCCUGGUAUCUACAUCUACAUGCAACCCUCGGGGGAUGGCCCUCAAGAUGUUAUCAAGGUCUUGACCCUGUUUUACUGUGUUUUUACUCCCAUGGCCAAUCCUUUCAUCUACACCCUGAGGAAUAAGGACGUUAUCGGAGCCUUGCGGAGGCUUCUCAAGAAGGCUAUUUCAUCUAAGUGA